AUGGGGCUUAUUGUAGAUGUUCCAAAACAUAGAUCGGGGACUUCUAAUACAGGAAAUACUGCCAGAAGAUUUUUCAGAUAUCCUGAUUUGACUUCCGAAAUCAGACAUGUCGUCAGGGAGUUAAUCCGUACAUUCGGCAUAAUUUUGCAAGCAAUGGCUUCAGGAGAGGCAAUUGACACUUUCAAGUUCGGAAAAUAUUGCCAACAAACAGCGCAAAUGUAUUUCAAUCUUUAUAAUUGGUAUGGUUAUUAUACAGAUUCGCAUCACGUACUAAAAGAUUUUACACAAUAUUACAAGUGCAGUUACGCGUGUUUGGUGGAUGGGGGUGGAUUACUGAAAAGCAUUUGCUUUUUAAAAAAUCAAUAUUUUAUAGAAGUUGCUUGGACACACUUUGCGUUGCAGUUCUUGAUAAGCAGGGGUGGCACCAAGUUGAGGGAGUUUCUCGGCUCCUCGUUGCGAGCGAAGAUGACAGACAAACUAGUGACACAGUUUACGUGGAAAGGAGAUGCAAACCAACCUGAGUUUGGAGAUACUAGAGUCACGCUGCGCUGGAAUGUCCUUUUUUUCCUGGCCCAGCAAAUAUAACACAGUUUAAAAAAGAAAUGCAGGAAGUUAUGAGAUCCACUAAACAAAGGUACCGAGAAUCGCAGAAGAAACGUAAAGGUAAAGAAGCCAGAGACCUCAGAAAAAUUCGCAAGAAAAAUGAUCAGAACGCUGCUGUCGAUGAUCGUAGCCGAGAAGAAAUCAGAAUUUUACAAGAACUUGAAAGACCAAAUAAGAUUAAGAACUCAUCUGAGAUAGAGAACUCAUCAGAGUCCGGGGAGAUCAAUUAUGAUGGGUUAGAAACUUCCAGCGACAUGUAUGCCGACGAUGAGAGACAUGAAUAGAGGCGAAAGGUCGUUGCGUUUCGCCGUGCAAAAAAAGUAUUUCAGCUGCCAGUUUACGUUAAAAUUAUUAUUCGUUUUUAUAUUAUUAUAAAAUGAGAUGUUUUUAUGGAAAUUAUAGCUGCUCUUAAACGAUGAACGAAUUCGUACGUGCACGUGCCAUAAUUAUAUGCCAAGGCUUUUACUCAAGUUUCUUUUAUAAUUACGCAAUUGUUUUUCGUUUUUUUUCCUGAGAUUGCGAGUUGACUUUUGUCAGAUAGUACAUGUUUGUGUGUUCUAAAGCUAUAAUUUAUUAAUUGACUAUAAAAGUGUUUCCUAAUUGAGGUACCAAAUGCAAAAGGAGACAUAUUUUUUUCGGUUCUAGUUUGGCGACUUAUGGUCGUUUUAAAAAUUUGUUUAAAAUUAUAAUUACAGAAAAUUCAUUUGAUAUAGAGAAUUAACUUGGAGCCUAUCAAACAAAAUUGAUAAAACUCUUGUUUUUGUCACAUCAAGAUUCAUUUACGCUGGCGCCAAAAAAUUCUGCAUUCCCUUUUUGCAGUCCGCGCCUCAAUUUUAGUCGUAAGCUUUCAUAAAUAUUACGCGGAUCACUUGAGGAAAAAGGUCGUUGCGUUUCGUAGUGCAAAAAACGUAUUUUAUCUGCCAGCUGGCGCUAAAAUAGACGUUUGAAUAUUAUAUUAAGAUUACAUUUUUCAAUAAUAAUUAUAUAGAUGCGGUCUUAAAUGAUUAACGAGUUCUUACGUACAUGUGCCAUAAUUAUAUGUGAAAGGUAUUUACUUUAAGUUUAAUUUUUUUAUAACUACGCAAUGGUUCAAUGUUGUUAAGUAUUUGUGCGUUUUAAAACCAUUAUAAUAAAAAUUAUAAUUUUCAUCGCUAGAUUAAUAGAUC